AAGUGGUCCACGGGGCGAUGGACUUCGUGGAGACUUUGGACGAGAAGAGAAGCGCCGCCCGCAGACGCGCCGGCGCCGCAGAAGACGACCUGGAACAGCUGCCGUGAACGCAGCACCGCUCAGCUCGUCUUCAUCCUCAUCGUCCGCUCAGCAGCGAGCACCGCCAGCGUCUCCUCUCCGCCGCCAUGGACCAGAACCCAGACCGGGACCGGCAGGCCGUCGAAGAAGAUGCGCCUGCACCGAAGCGGCCCGAGGCUCGGCGUGACGAGGCUGCGGACGCCGACGCGACGGAGGCCGACGUCAGCGAGGUGGUUCUGGACCAGCAGGACGUCGACGACGACUCGCAGAAGCAGCCCAUGACCGGAGGCGCAGGCGCAGGCGCAGCAGGAGGAAAGCAGCCGGAGAAGAACGGCUGCGUCAAGCUGAAGAUGGACGACGACGAGUUCACCGGGCUGAAUAAGGAGGAGCUGCUGCGAGUGGCCGGCACACCCGGGUGGGUGCGCACUCGCUGGGCCCUGCUCGUUCUGUUCUGGCUGGGCUGGCUGGGCACGCUGGCGGGCGCAGCGCUCCUCAUCCUGCAGGCGCCGCGCUGCCGAGACCUGCCCGCCGCCCACUGGUGGAACCGGGGCGCGCUCUACCGCGUGCCCAGCGUGCGGGCCUUCACCGACGCCGGAGACAUCAAAGGCGUGAGCGAGAAGGUGGAUGCCUUGUCCCAGCUGAGGUUUAGCGGUUUGGUGCUGGGGCCGGUCCACGUGGCCCCGCCCGACGACGCCGCCGCGCUCGGCUUGCAGGAGAUCGCGGUUGAGGCCGGAAGUCUGGAGCAGUUCAAGGACCUUCUGCGCGUCGCACACAGGAAGGGCAUGUCUGUGGUUCUGGAUCUGACUCCGAACUACCGCGGCUCCAGCGGGUCCUGGUUCUCCGACGUCAGCGUGACCGUGGUGGCCGAGAAGCUGAAGUCUGCGUUGGUGUUCUGGUUCAGCGAAGGCGUGGACGGCGUUCAGCUGGCGGACGUGGACUACGUGGCCGCCGCCGUACCGUCUCUGUGGGCCGACAUCCGGGCCAUCGUCCAAAACGGGACCGACGAGCGGCCCGCCAGGAGACUUUUGAUGGGCGUGACCGAGCGCCGCGCCGCCACGGACGUGUCGGCCCUUCUGUCGUCCACCGGCGUGGACCUCCUGACGUCCGGGCUCCUCCUGGACGGGGACGCGUCCGAGCUGGCGCGGUCCGUCCGGGACUUGUACGCCGCCCACGCUCAGACCCGGCUGGCCUGGAACCUGGGGGGGCGCGGCCGAGGUCACCUGGCCUCGCUGGUGGGCCCGGCGCUGGUCCCGCUUUACCAGCUGUUGCUCUUCACGCUGCCCGGGACGCCCGUGCUCGAGUACGGCGACGAGAUCGGGCUGACGGAUGAUGGCACAAAGUUUCCCAGAAUGAUUUGGGACUCGCCGGAGGACGAGCUUAACGGAACCCUGAAGGAGGCUCGCGCCCGCCGAACGUCCUCUCGUGCGUUCUUGCGCAGCGUGAGCGAAGCGCGUGCCAAAGAGCGCUCCCUGCUGUUCGGCGACUUCGUGCCGCUGGCCAACUCGUCGUCCUCGCUGGCCUUCGUCCGCUCGUGGGACCGGAACGCUCGCUUCCUGGCCGCCUUCAACUUUGACCCCCGCGAGGCCCGGCUGGAGCCGAGCCACCCGACGCUUCCGCCGCUGGCCGAGGUGGUCCUCGCCGCCGCCCCCGGCGCCGCCCCGAAGGCGGGCGCCCGCGUGGCCCCCGCCAGGCUGCGUCUGGGCGGCGGGGAAGCGGUGCUGCUCAAGUUCCCCUUCGCCGGCUAGAACCUCAAACGCCUCUCGGCGUGUGCGUGAUGUCGUCGUGUUGGUUUCGGGUGUUUGCGUUGUGAAGAAUGACAAAUAAAUGUUAAUGCGACCUCGCGGUGGCGCCGA